AUGAGUUCAGAAUUAGUGAAAAGACAUGGUCAUACCCAUUAUGCCAAUAUACCAUACGGUUAUUAUGUCCUCAUUGUGAGCUUCUUUUAUCUCGUAUUUUUAGGAGUAUUGAGGAUAAUUUUAAAACCAAGAGCUGCAGGUUUCAAUUCUUCGAAAAGAUCAAGGUUAGCUCAAAAAUUGUAUCUAGUAAAUCCAGUGGUUCAUUUGCCAAUUCUUUUAGUGGCCGUCCUUCUACCGUUUUACCGCCAUUAUUCGAUUUCAGAACAUGCAACUGUUUACAUAAAAAGAUUGGGAAGAUUGAGUUACGCACUCCUUCCUUUGAAUCUGUUACUGAAUCUAAGACCAAAUUGGCUACUUAGAAAUAACUACACCUAUACCGAUUUGAUACCUUUACACAAGUGGCUGUCAAGAUGCAUAAUUAUCAUAGCCGUAGUUCAUGGUAUUUUGUUUUUAAUUAACUGGGCAUUGGGAGAAUCAGGAACUUUGGCUAAAAAGAUAGCGAAUCCUUAUAAUCUUGCCGGUGUACUGCUAUUUGCUCCAUUGAUCUCAAUGAUAUUUUUCUCCAUAGGCCCCAUGAGACGUUUUAGCUAUAAUGCAUUUUAUGUGAUUCACAAUUUAACAGGAAUUUCAUUCAUAUUCGUCGUUGCAUUCCAUGCAAGGCCAUCAGUAACUAUUCCCUACCUAUUGAUAAACAUUGCAAUACUCCUAUGGCAAGGGUUUGCUAAAUUCUAUUACGCUAAACGUACAGACAUUCUAUCAAAAAACACAGAUUAUCAAAAUACAAACUUGGUUAACGUACAGCUUCCUCGUAUGGCACUUCCCGACCAAUUUGAACCCGCUUGUCACAUUAGAAUAAGCCCUUACUCCAGAUUACAUCCUCUCUAUUGGUUGUACCCAUCACAUCCAUUUACAGUGGCAUCUUUACCAUCUGACACUGUAGUUGAUUUAAUAAUUUCCGAGAGUCACCACCCCAAAUCCUUCAAAUUGGAAUUAGGUGCACCAUAUUCUGUAAUUAACAACUUUGAUCCCGCGGUACCUAGAAGUUGUCUGGAACAGGCCAAAAGAGUAGCUAUUGUAUGCGGUGGUAGUGGUAUCUCGUUUGGAUUACCCUUAUACAGAUAUUUCAAAGAAAUUCAUCCAGUUGAAUAUAUUCAAUUCAUUUGGCUGGUUAAAGAUGCAUACCAGCUCAAGAUUCUGGACAAGUUAGACACCAUUGGUUUGUUAGAUGGUUCCAACGAUUGUCAUGCCUUUAUCACUCGUAGCGUAGAUGAUCCUAAUUCUAACCAAGAAACCGCACCUGAUUUAGAAUUUGAAUUAGAAUCCAUGACUCAAGAUGUUGUCGAUGAAAACGGGGCAUUCGUUAGUGAAAGAGAUGGUUCACCAACAUCCAAAUUUAAGUUUGCAUCCAUAAACCUGGGGAGACGUAUCGAUUGGGCCACUGACUUAUCACAAUUUGUUGAGCCUGCCUUAGUCGAUAACACCUGGCUACUCACAUGCGGUCCAUCAGAUUUGAUAGAGAGUGGACGUCAGUAUGCCGCGGACAACAGUAUUAACUUCGCAUCUGAAAUUUACGCCUUGUAA